GUGUGGACACCCUGCGAGCUGCAUAGAGACACACUACCUGACCCUGGAGGAGGAAAAUGGAGAAUAAACACCCGCAUCUGUGCUGUGAACCCUGUCCAGACCCUGCAAACUGUCGGAGAAUAUGAGUUCCUAACGCACUCUUGGAGAUAUAUCCACUGCUUUUCCAAUCAGGACGCAGAGAAGAGUUUGUGUCCCUGUGGGAAAGCGGACACCUUUCUGCGCCUCGCUCAUGCGCCCGGAGACGCUGAUGUCUUCAUUGGACUCCUCUCACUGGGAGAUGGUGGAUCUCUCUCGGAUUUCCAACGUGGAAACGUAGCAUCCAAUUCAUCAGCGACUGCAAGCGGAGCCAGCGGCGGCGCAGUGGCACUCGGUCGGUGGGCUGCUCUUCCAACACACAGUACCUUUGGACUCGAACGUGUGGGACGGACGCACGGUUCGGUCGGUGCGCUGCUGGACCGGAGGACGCGCGAACCCACACCUGGCGCACCGUCUCUGCUUUAUUUCCCGUUUUUUUGCUAUUACACGUUUCGAGGAACUUUUAAGUUUUGGAUCAGCUCGGGAGACGCUCAAUGAGUCGCGUUUACUGUUUGGAUUCUAACGCAAACAGCCGAGCGGGUUCCAGGGCUGCAUGGGCCGAAUUUAAACUUUCUUCAUAGGAACUGAGUCUAAGAUGAAGUUAUGGGAUGUUUUGGCCACGUGUUUGUUGCUCCUGAGCUCUGCUGCCACACGGCCUCUCUACCAAAACACUCAGCCCGCCAAGAGGACUUACUUCCCCAGCAGCUACAGUGAAUCCACCUCUCUGUCUGUGGAGGACGAAGAGCCAGCGUUCCAGCGUGAGGACCACAACCUGCAGGAGAUCUCCAUGGAGAAUCAAUACGACAUCGCGGGUCUCUAUCCAGAGAAGUUUGACGACGUGAUGGAUUUUAUCGAGGCCACCAUCGGCCGACUCCGGAGAUCGUCGGACCCCAGCGGCGGCUCCAGGGGCCGGAGGGAGCAGAGACAGAGGGGAGCGGCGAACACGGGCGGCGCCAGGGGCGAGGGCAGAGGACAUGGCGACAGGAGGCGGGGUCGGGGGCGAGGGGGCAGCCGAGGUGGCAAGGGGGGCCGAGGCGAGAGGGGACGGGAGAGGAUAUCGGUGCAGAGCCGAGGCUGCUUGCUGAAGGAGGUCCAUCUCAAUGUGACGGACUUGGGGCUGGGCUACCAGACCAAGGAGGAGCUGAUCUUCCGGUACUGCAGCGGCCCGUGCGUCGAGGCCGAGACCAACUACGACAAGAUCCUCAACAACCUCACGCACAACAAGAAGCUGGACAAGGACACGCCCUCCCGCACCUGCUGUCGGCCGAUCGCGUUCGACGACGACUUGUCUUUCCUGGACGACAACGUGGUGUAUCACACGCUGAAGAAGCACUCUGCCAGGAAGUGUGCCUGUGUCUGAGGAGGCCUCACGGACAAUGACAGACACUUGGCGUCAGUGAACCAAGGAUCAGCUUUACAAACAGAGGGAUGGAGGAGGAAGGGAAUCGUCUCUUCACACUCAAGUCGUCCAGAUGCCCUGAGCAGUGUGCGACUGUUCAAACACAAGCAGACAUGAAUCAGCUGUUCACCAGGAGGACAAAGAAGAAUCAGUUCUGUUACACUAAAGACGGGAGAGGGGGAAAAAAACGAAUGACUUUGUUUGGCUGGUUUUCCUGAAGAAUUCAUUUUACAGUGAACGUUUUCCUUCACCUCCUCCAAAGACUUGAGAUUUGAGGAGUCAAAUAUUUGCUGAUCAGCUGCAGUCAGAUUUACCUCCACUGCAAAGUCUGGCUAUCGACAUUUACAUUCACAGCCAAGUGAUAAGAGAAAUACCGCGCCGGGGUUCAGCAAAGACUUUUUGGUGCAACGCAUUCAGAUAAAAUCCAGUCAUAUAUAUAUAAAUAUAUAUAUAUACACGUGUGUGUAAGAGGUAUAUUUAUUAAGAUGGAAUUAACUUAUUGUUAUUUAUUUCAAAACCAUUUUAUGAAUGAAAUGUCAUUUUUCCUAUUUAUUUAAACGCUUUGUUUGUCCUGGACGGUGCCAAAGUGGAGCGAUUUCUCAUGACAACAAUCUUACACCGUAACUUCUAAACACACACAUCCUAAAAAAUGCUUCUAGGCUUCACUUAGAUUCCAGGGUUUCUCAAUUCAUGAGUCCAGAAAAUAGAAUUAGUCUAAAAUAGGUAAAGUUAAAGGAGUGUAGAAAGAAACGGAGGAGGGGACCAAUAGAAGAUGUAGAUUGAAGUGAUCUGUUGUUGUGGAGUGUUCUUAGGGACGGCAGGGUAGAUUUUUUUAUUUUAUUUAGGGACAAUUCACCUCAUUUUCACCCACACGUGAAGUCGGGGGACUUCAGAUGUUGCUCUCUCGUCAUCCACAUCGUUUUACUGUAUGUUUACAAGGAGGCUGCUGUUUAUUUGCAAAGUCAUCCGAAUGAGAUAAUCCAGAAUAGAUCUAAUGUCACACCAGUCGUCUCUCUGAGGAUCUGCAGGUGCCUUUCAGGAACUAUCCUUUGAGUCACCGAGGACAGAAGCUGCUAGAAUACCUGCCCAUCAGCGUCCGUUACCCGAAACCUCCCACUGGCCUCACACCAAGUCUCAGCAAAGGCUUUGCAGCGGCUGCCGUCCCGAUCGGCUUUAAAGUUCACCGGGCGGCCUGUGUUUCUGUCUCGGCUCUGACAGACAGGUCUUACUCCCUGAAAAGGGGAUUUGAAAGCGAUCCUCUCAUUUGAGUCUUAACCAAAUAUCCCCGCCGGCAGAGGCAUUUUUGGUGACAGCAGUUUAAGGACGAUCUAGCUACUGUAAACUGAUGUAAAUAUCUGAAGAGCAGACGUUUCCACUGGAGAAUAUGAAGACAAUGGGUCGGCUCAGUUUCUUUCUACAUAACUCGAGUCGAGUUUAUGCCCAAACUCGAGCAGAAACACACAUCCAGGAAAACAGGAGGCUCUUUAAAAGUAUGUUGCUGUGCCCAUCGAGACCCGUGGUUUUAAGUGGAACAAAGAGAGCCCUCGGGUCGGUCUUGAUGUGAGCACGGAUUAGGGACCAAGGUAUCUGUGCCCACCCAGCAGCAAGCAAGCCAGCUUUACUGCGUAAUCCCCCUGCAAACAGAACAAAUCCACUGCAUCAGGCUGAAUUUAGGCCAAAUACUACAUAGAGGGAGAAAAAAAAAAACACUCCAGCUUUUAUCGCAGCAUACCUCAUCAAUUGGAUCAUCUUCCCCUUUAACAACUGAUUUGUGCGUAAGCCUUUCCAGAUGAGAAUGUGCAGUUAGGAGAUUUCCCAGAAGCCUCGGAGCACCUUGCCACUCCACGACGUACCGUACGUUAAAGUGUGUAAACUGUGACCAGCCGUCCUCUCAUCGUCACCACUUUGUUUCCGCUCAACUGCUCCUGUGCGGUUAGUCCUUUUCGUUUUCACGCAAGGGUUAACAAGCAACAAAAGAUGAAGAUGCAAAGGAAUCCUCAGUGUUAAUAUAAGAAGAAGGGAUUUCCUCUGUGUUCGCUCCUUAAUGUGUUUUAACACCUCUGUGGGAAAAGGAAAAGAAAGAAAACCUGUCAUGUCGUCUCACUUGUUUUGUGUUACGGAACCAAAGCUCUCGGCAAACUUUAUUUUUGUACAAUAUUCAUUUUAUAACUUUUUACAGAAUUAAACUUGUUUCUAUUAAA